CCUAUCUCUAGUUGUUUUGAGAGUAAUUGAUGAGGCGGCAAGCGAGAUUGGGAGGAUGGCGUGUGAUGGAGUAAAAAUUUUCUCCAGGGGAGGGGAGGGGAGGAGGGGGACUGUUGGAGGAGAGUAUUUAUUGCGGCUUUGCUUGCUCGUUUUUUGCUUCUUCUUUCUUUCUUCCUUUCUCUAUAUCUUCAUACUUUACAUCUCUACCACUGUUGAAGAUCGUUCUAUCCUCUCUCAUCACGUUGGUUGAAAAUCGUCCACAUUUACAUUCAUCACGCUCAUCACAUCGUCAUUCCUCAUAUCGCCAUUCGAAAUUUCGACACUCAACACAUUGC